UUAAUGCUAUCAUCUCAAGGGUUUCUAAGUGUGUGAUGACCGUCUCCCCUUCCUUCCGCCUUAGAGAAGCCGGAACUAUUACAUGAUUGUACAUAUAAAGAUAAACACGAUGUCAGCAUUACUGUCCUUCACACAGUUUACGGACUACGCAUCCUACUUUUCUUUUCCCUUUCCCUUCAGUGUGUACCUCGGCCUCGCUGUUGUCGUCUUCGGGGUUCUACUCUGUGCCUUUGUUAGAAUGAUAAUAUGUUUACGGAGGUGCUGCUGUACGGGGGAAAUAAAGAUGAAUCCAGACGAAUUCUCAAGUACUCGACAAAUAGUAGACAUAGAAAUGGCAAGCAAAGGACAACAGUCCAUGAAACAAAAGCGAUCUCGGUAUAAAGCGAAAUUAGGAAAUGUUUCAAUUCAGGAGGAACCAAGUUCCCAUGGAUACGAAGAUAUCGAAGACCUUGAUGAAGAUGAUUAUGAGAAUGUCAGAGAAAAACUUGAUGAUUCUGACUCGGAUGAUUUUGAUUAUGAAAAUCUUAGGGGCGGUGUUUAACUUUGGAUCCGUCUAAAAUUGUGUGCAAUUGGUUGAUUUCUACUCUUGUUUCAUGUAUUGAAUAAAAUGUACCGUAGCUCGUUAAAUAGUCAAAUAAAUAGUUAUAACAUUUGA